AUGGCGGCUGCCAGUCUUGUCUUCCUAGUCCUCUUCCUUGCAGCAACGGCGACACUGAAGCAGGCUGCCGGAAGGGUAGACCCGCGGAACCUUCCGGUGGAGAAGGAAGCAGCAGCCACAGCUGGAGGUGUUGUUGUCUUCCUCCCGCCACUUCCCGCUCUGCCUAGUUACCCGCCACUGCCACCGCUCCCAAGCAUACCACCUUUCCCCACCUUCCCCGGCUUCACGCCCACGCCCGUUUCUUCUUCCCAACCGGCCAACUGCAUGGACCCUCUGACGCCGGUGUACUCGUGCGUAGAAUACCUUACCUCAGCCACCGCAGCUCCUACGCAGAUAUGCUGUCAAAACUUCCGUGAGCUAGUGAACAGCAAUGGUAGCAUCUGCCUUUGCCAUGUGAUAACUGCCAACCCACGCCUGAUGAGGUACAUUAACGGCACAAUAAGUCAGCUGCGAAUGCUCACUCUUCCCUUCACCUGCGGCAGCAGAAUCCCGUUGGAUUGA